ACAGUCAGUUCUUUGGCGACUACCAUCAAGUGGUGACCCUAAAGUGUCCCGUAUUUUUUAUAUAGUAGAGUGCCUUUGUGUCAGUGUUCAACCCCACAAACGGAUUUUAUAUUUCACAUUUGGAGUUAUUAAUUGUGGUUUUCGGAUCUAAUAAGUGUAUAAUAUGAUAUAGUGCUUCGGAAAUACAGCGAUUUAAGAGCUCAUAACUGAAACAAAUCAAAAUGGAUGCAGAUAGUAGUUACGGUGGGAGCGAUACAGCUCAAGAUUCCUCCGUACCCGAUACAAGUUCCAUGGAAGCACAUCACGAUCAAUCAAUUCAUAACGGUGAAGUACGAGUGAUUAGUCAUUCGAAACCGGAAGAAAACCAAUAUUACCACAAAAACGAGAUAACGUUACCAGUAAAUUACGACGAAACCGAUAGGAAACUACCCCAUUAUUUAUCGACGGCAAAUUUAAAUAUAAACGAAGAACAACCAGACAACGACAAAUAUAGCAGUACGAAAAAAUUAAACGCAAUGGAUUCUUCGCCGUCGACUCAUAAUGGCUUAGAUAAUCCGGCGUUUGCAUUCGAUGAACCUCCAAUGAAACAGGAAGUAAACGGCGGUGUUGUGAGGUCAACAUUCGACGAAAAAAGGCCGUAUAAUAAUGGAGACGUAAAGAAUACGUUAGCGUUGGAUUUAACGCCGACGAAAAAUGAUGAAUCGAUGAUGAUGGCGGAAGCGGUUAAUUUAGAAUUGGUUAAUUUAAAACCAAAUAGUAAAGAUGUUACCGGAGCUUAUGAGUUCGAAUCGAAUGGUUUAGAUACGAUUCCAGUAAAAAAGGAGACUGAUAUAGAGUUAGGAAAACGUUAUGAUGAGUAUUUCGUCCCUGUGAACGAGCAUAGGAAAUACAUGAGGGGGGAAAAACUUUAUGUUACCAUGGAUAAGAGAUCCAAUAAGAAGAGGAGUAAGUGUUGGUGUUGGGCUAUUUGUUUAGCUCUUGUUGCUGCCGCUCUUAUUGUUGGUAUUUUAGCUGCAGUCGGUGUUAUUGGUGGACCGGAUUCUUCAAACUCAGAAGUAGCAGCAAGACAUUUUAGCGGAAACCAUCCUGAUCCAACGGAAGCAACGAAUACAAAAGGUCGCAUUCCACAAAUACUUCAUGAUGCACACGAAGACCACUAUGUUCCUAGAGCUUUAGAAUCACAAAUAAUCAUCGAUAACAUGCAAUUCUCAGAUGCACUAAAAGAUGAAAAUAGCCAAGAACACAAAGAUCUUGUUAAAAACAUCGAAUCGCAAUUAUUAAACGCUUUAUUUGACCAAAAAGAAUUGAAAAAUGGAUCUUCCCAUAUCAAAUUGAAAGUUAUAAAUAUUACUCCUGGUAGUGUUGUGAUUACAUAUCGCGUGGCUUGGGUUUUCAAAGACGAUGGGGUCAAUAAGGACCCAAUUAACGAAGAUGUAAUAACUUCAAAAUUAAUGGACAAUAUUCACCAAAGAAACGGUUAUCUAACAAGCGAUUAUCACUUUAGCGAAGAUGUCCAAACGAAAAAAAUCCAUGAUGUAUGUAAGCACGGUAAUAAUGGAUGUGAAAAGUUUUGCUCGUUCGAUUAUACAACAGUCACGUUUGUUUGUGGGUGUCCAAUUGGGGAAAAACUUGAUCUAGAUAUGAAAUCAUGCGUUCAUGCAGGAGAUGAAGUCGAAACAGAAAAUAAACCUCAAUUGGGUGCUGUUGGGUUACCGUCAAAAUCGAAUGAACAUGGUUUAUUUGAAGCAGAACAUGAAGCUGAAGCAGAAUCUGAAUCGGAACCUGAACCUAAACUUGAACCUGAAUCUCAACCUGAACCUCAACCUGAACCUGAACCUGAACCUCAACCUGAACCUGAACCUGAACCUGAACCUGAACCUGAACCUGAAUCUCAACCUGAACCUGAACCUGAACCAGAACCUAAAUCUGAAUCUGAACCUGAACAUGACCGUAAACCAAAAAUUGAUCUUGAAUCUGAGUUAGAUCCAGAAGUAGGUCAACAAACAGAGCCGCAACCGGAGCCAGAACCAGAGCCACAACCAGAGCCACAACCGGAGCCAGAACCAGAGCCAAAGCUAGUAUAUGAAGUAGACUCACAACCCAAAUCUGUUUAUGACUCGGAACCUGAAUCAACGACACAACCUGAACAAGAUCAACAUUAUCAAACACAAUCUGAACAUAAAUCACAUGUAGAAUUAUUACCAAUCCUUGAAGUGAUAACUACAGCAGAACCUGAACUUAAAACAGAAUCGAAUAUUAAAUUAGAACCUGAACCAUCAGCAGAACCAGAACCAUCAUCUGAACCCGAACCAACAGCUGAACCUGAACCAUCUCCUGAACCUGAGCCAUCACCAGAACCAGCACCAGAGCCAACAGCCGAACCUGAACCAUACACUGAACCUGAGCCAUCACCUGAACCAGAGCCAACAGCAGAACCGGAACCUUCUCCUGAACCUGAGCCAUCACCAGAACCUAACAUUAUUGUUGAAACAUCUCCAGAACCAACAACACAACCAUCACAUGAAGAAACAUCACCACUUCUACUACCAGUUCAUACUGAAAUAAAAGAAACCACAACAAUGGACGUGGAUGAACCCACAACGAUGCUCCCAUCUCAAGACGUUAAUCAAAAUUUAAACACUGAGCAACCAAAAUCAAAUUCGUCUGUUGAAACAAGUCAAAAUCCUGUUGAUGUAAUGCUUACGGAAGCUCGAGACACAACUAUGCAAGUACCAGUAAUGGAAACAACUCAACCGGAGGUUAUACCUCCCGUAAUAAUUAUGAAAGAGGAAAUAACAACAGAAAAACAACAGGAAGAAAUAACGGAAUCAAUUAAUUCUGUAGUUUUUAACGAUGAAAUUCCAUUAAAGGAUGAUAAUCUUAUAAGAACCACAACGGAAAUGGAAGAAAUCUUAACUAGUUUACCAGAAAUAAAGCCUUCGGUUAAUCAAGAAGAAAUUCUUAUUAAAGAAAUAAUUCCACAGACAACAAUUCGAGAAGAACUUUUAACAUCUUCAGUUGAUGUUUCUUCGAUGUCAAAUUUGAAUGAAAGUACAGAAACAACAACAGAAAUGGAAUCAAUAACGGAACUAUCAACAUUGAACGAUGAAAUGGAAACAACUACAAUUCCUCAAUUAUCAAGAGAAGAAGAUUUAAACAAGACAGAAGUCACGUUACAACAGUUUCAUUUACGAGAUGGUAAAACAUCUGACAUAGAUGUUCCAAUGACGACUGAAUUUGGAACAAUUAAAGAAAAUUUGAACGAAACGGAAGUUGCUGUGGCAGAAGCAGUUUCUACGCUAAAAGAUGUGAAUGAAAACGAAUUUAAGCCAGUAUUGGACGAUGAAGAUAUCUUUGAAAAUUUAAACGAUGGAAUUGUUUUGAAUGUUAAUAAUAGCACAAUUUCUACGGAAAAUUUUAAUUUUAUCAAUACAAGUUCUGAAACCACCGAAGGAUACGUUACAACAGUUUUAAUUAACAAUGAGGUUGAAAAUGUGCAGAAUAGCACUGAUUUUAGUGUUAUUUCUAACCAAACUGAAAAUGCGAAUCAAAUGAAUCAUACUGAGUCUGCACAAAUUGAAGAAUCAAAUGUGACAAGUACUGAAUAUAAUCACGAAGAAAAUCAUCAUGAACAUAUUAUGGAACAAAUGUCGCCAUUUUUACCGGAAAUUGAAAAUUAUACAAUUAUUCAUUCUGAUAUGCACGAUAUUGACCACAAGGAAUACUUUGAAGUUCCUAAAAUAACAGUUCCGCCAAGAUUAGAUAAUGACCAAAUGAACACAACGAAUAAAAACGAAAUUAAUCCAACGGAUAUAACAUUAUCUGUUGUUCCAUUAAAUUCCGAUGAUGAUAACCAAGUUCAUGAGGAAGAAAUUAAACAGCAAAAUGAUUUAAAUUUAUCUUUUAACGAAAUUUUAUCUGCGGUUGAGGAAAAAACAACGACAAAAAAACUUGAGCAAGAACCGACAAUUAAAAGCCACACACAAACGACAUUAAGUCCAUACAUUAUCAAUAAUGUUCAUAGCAAUAAAUAUUUUGACUCAUACAAAAAUGAUGAUACUAUUAGUUAUGGAAUAUUAUAUGAUUCACAUGAAUUGCCAACAACAACAAUUUCAUCUUUUGAAAAUGAAUCUGAAAGUGAAAAUGAAACUGAGAAUAAAACUGAAAAUGAUACUGAAAGUAAAACUGAAAAUGAAAUUGAGAAUAAAACCGAUUCUGACAUAAAAAUAAAUACAGAGACUGAAACUAAAGGUGAUUUUAAUGCUGAAAUGAAUAUUGAAACUACAGAACCAAUUAGUGAACAAAAUGUUGAAACAACAACAAUGAUGGAUGAAAUGACCACAAAAUUGAUUGAUAAAGCUGAAACGAAUGAGGUUGAGAAUUUUCCAACAUCAACUGAAAUGAUAGAAACAACAAACCCACAAAUUAUCUUUGACUUAACAACAACAAAAUUAAAUGAUUCCAAUAUUAUAGAAAGCGGAACAAGUGCUGAAGAUUUAUUGGCGAUGGAAACAACAACAUUUGGAAAAAGUACGAAACCAAACGGAGGAUCUGUUGGAAUAAGAGGCCACAACGUCAAAAUUGAGGAUAUGACUACGGUUCAUGCAGAAAUAAUUCACACUGUAACAGAAAUUAUUAAUAUAAUCGAAAAUGAUACAGUUCCUUUUGAAACAACAACAUCCGAAGAAAUUCCUGAAACAACUAUGAUGCUUGAUAACGCUGUAACAACAAAUAGGAGAAUGUACGCGGUUUCUGAAUCAAUCGAAGAUGUGACAACACCAUCAAUGAUUCUUUUAAAAACGACAGAAAGUAUCCAUGAUGUUGAAUUCACCCCUAAAGAUAUUAUCCAACCUGGAGGGGACGAUGAAACCUUCCUUUCAGUUAUUCCCCUUCCUUCAUCAUCAUUAAAACCGGAAGGAGAAACCAAAUUAGACGAAGAACUAAAAUCAGAUGAUGAUCACAAAUUAAACAAUCUAGAAUAUUUUAACAAUCUUAAUAUCAUCAAUAACGAAGAUGCCAAUGUUUUAGAAAAAGUUAAUCAUCAAAUUAAUAACGUUCAUAACAAGAAUGAUCACGAUGGAAUCAAAGAAGAUGAAUUUGAAUAUUCUGAUUACUCAGUUGAAAAAGCUUCAAAGAAAUCACUUGGUGAGAAAAAGAGUUACGACAAAAAACCUAAAUUGGAUAAACAAUUUGAAGUUGAAGAAAUUAAACCCGUCACUGAAGGAUUUAGUUUAACCGGUUUUUCAAGAUGCCCAAUCGGACAAUUCCAAUGUCUCAACGGAACCUCGUUAAGAGACGGAAGUUAUUGCAUCCCAAGAAGCGAUCGAUGUGAUUCAGUCGAUGAUUGUUCCGAUGGUUCCGAUGAAACAGGUUGCAUUGAAAUGGAAUGUCCCAAUAAUUUCCAAUGUACAAGUGGACAAUGUUUGAAAAGGCAUUUAGUUUGUGAUGGAAUUUAUAAUUGCAAUGAUAAAAGCGAUGAGAUUCAAUGUGAAAAUUGGAAAUGUAACUUUGACGAAUUCCUAUGCGGAAUUAAUGGAAGAUGUAUUCCUUUGGCUUGGAAAUGUGACGGAAAAGCUCAAUGCCCUGGUGGAAUCGACGAAAGAAAUUGCCACCCAAAAUCGUGCAGAAACGAUGAAUUCCAUUGUGUUCAACAAGAUGCUUGUGUACCUUUAACUUGGAGAUGUGAUGGAAAAAUGGAUUGUAUGGAUGGGGAAGAUGAAAAAUUAUGCGGUUGUUCGAUUGAUCAAUUUAAAUGUUCAAUGGGAGGUGGGUGUAUUAACAUUUCUGGGAGAUGUGAUGGUAUUGAACAAUGUGCUGAUCAUUCCGACGAGUGGAAUUGUGUUAAAACCGACGUUUUAAACGCUACGAUUAUGGAUGAUAACACCACGAUGAAUCAAUCGAUUCUAAUGGUACAAUCAAUGAACACUACUUGGCUUCCGGUUUGUACGGAUCGAUGGAACAGUACCUUCUCAAAUCUUUUCUGCCAAAAAAUGGGUUUUGAACGAGCGAUAAUCGCCGAAGAAGUAGAUUUCCCAGCAAAUUUCACCGAAAAAUAUUUUAGAUUAAAACCGAUCAUUGAAUACACCGAAAACAUUUUAACACAAUUAGAAGAAACUUCAAGUUGUAAUCAAGUUAUUAGUAUAACUUGCCAGGAAUUUACUUGCGGAACAUCAACACCUCAAGAUAUCCAAGCUAGGAUUAUCUCAAAUAAUUCAGCGUCAACAACCCAAUGGCCCAGCGUUAUGCUUUUAUAUAAUAAAAAAUUAAAUAUCCAAUGUACCGGAAGUUUAUUAACACCAUCGUGGAUUUUAGCAAGUUAUUCUUGUAUGAUUGAACAACAAUCUAAACAUGUUCCAGUAAAAGAUUGGGUUGUAUACGCAGGAUCGCCUUAUUUUAAUAAUGGUGAUAAUUCAUCGACUCAAAUUGGAAUUGUUAAAGAUAUAAUAUCACAUCCUCAAUUAAAAUUCAAUCAAUUCGAGUACAAUAACGAUAUGGUUCUUAUCAAAUUAAAAUCUCCAUUGGUAAUAAAUAAUAAUGUUAGCACAAUUUGUCUUCCAGCAAAAGAUAUUGAAGAAAGACAAUUAUGUGUAACAGCCGGAUGGGGAUAUAAUAAACCAGGAGAAACAAACGUUCAAAGACAAUUACAUUAUCUACCAGUUCCUAUAAUUGAACAAACAACGUGUAAUGGAACUGAUCAUUACAACGGUUUCUUAAACAAGGAGAAGAUUUGUGCUGGAUACACCGAAUCAGAUAAUACACCAUGUUAUAAUGACGAAGGAGCUCCUUUGAUGUGCUUCUCAGAAGCAACAAGUAAAUUAGAGCUUCAUGGGGUAUUAAGCCACCAUGGAAAUUGUGGACGAAGUAGACAUCCAGCUCUUUAUUCUUCGAUAAAUGAUGAUGUAAGGCGAUGGAUUACGAGCACCAUAGGAUCACAAUCAUUCCAAAUUUCGUAACAAAUAAAUUCAUAAAAAAAAUUGUAUAAAAAUAUCCCGGAAAUACCUAAAAACGAACUUUUCUUUUAUAUUAAAUUAGAAGUGUUUUACGUCAAGAUCGAAAAAUGAAAAAGAACUUUAUUGUGAUAAACUCACUCGGUCGCGUCGUACUUACCUAAAAAAAACUACACAAAAAUUUUUGUAUUGUAAAUAUUGUAUAUGAACUAAAGUAAAAUGAGAGAGAGAGAGAAGUGUAUUUUUAAAGAAAAAUGGUGUAGAUUAGGAAAAUCUCAAUAUCGUGUCGUGAUUAAUAAUUUUCGGUGAAGUUAAAGCACGCCGUCUUAGGCGAUUUAAUUAAAAGUUAAAAUCUUAAUACAACGGUUAAGGAAAUGAAUCGUCGAUUUGCUGCUGCUGCUAGUCACAUUGGGGUCUGAUUGUGCCAAUAAGCGAAAAAGCGGCGUGCGACUCUUGUAAAUAUUAAUUUUUACUGUUAAAAAUUUUUACAUUUAAUUUGUAACGAGAUAUUAAAAAUAAAUAUGGAAAU